CCCCGACCAAGCCCCAGGCGAUGACUCGAACCAGUGACACGGGGCUUUGGAAUCUUUGAUUUCGGUGUCUUGUUGUUUUUUUGUUGUUGAUUCGGAGUGCAGUGCAGAUAGCUGGUCUCGGUUUGAUUGUGUCGUGGGUGAAGUUCGUACGUCACUUCUGGCGCCUUUUCCGGAGCUUUGCCCCGCGCGGUAUUUCUAUCUGGGUGGUAUUUUGUGACGGUGAGCGAUUAUGGCUUUGAGGGCGAGGCAGAGGAUUCGCGCCCCGCGCAGGGGUAUGAUAGUUACUACCAAGGUGGACGAUUUCGAUGGUAAUUGGAGAGACUUGUCGACGUCGUUGAGGAAAAUUCACACCAAAGAUGCAUCAAAUCUGUCCUUCGAGCAGCUAUACCGCAACUCAUAUAAUAUUGUUCUGAUGAUGCGUGGAGAGGAGCUAUACGAGAGUAUCAAAGUAUUGGAACGAGAAUGGUUGGAAGAGGAGGUUUACACGCGUGUGACGGCGUCGAUUUCGCCUAGUCUUUUGGUGGCGACACAGCUGGUCGAUGUGCAAGAUCAGGCAAAUGAGAGGAGAGAGGCCGGGGAGAGGUUUCUGGCGGUGCUCAAGGAGGCGUGGGAGGACCAUCAGCUUUGCAUGGGGAUGAUCACCGAUGUCCUCAUGUACAUGGAUCGAGUCAUGUCGACGGAUCACCGAAAGCCUUCCAUUUAUGUUGUCGUCAUGGCAUUGUUUCGAGACCAUGUGCUACGGUCGCCCAUUAGACCGGAUACCCAGACCACCGUGUACGACGUAUUCGAGUCGACUGUCCUAUUUAUGCUGCAACUGGAGAGGUCGGGGCACAUCAUCGACCGGCCUCUGAUCAGACACUGCAUUUAUAUGCUUGAGGGUCUCUAUGAGACCAUUACAGAGGAAGAGUCAACGAAGCUGUACCUGACUGUCUUUGAACCCGCAUUCCUGGAGGCCAGCAGGAAAUUCUACCAGGCUGAAGGACGGCGACUCCUCGAGACUGGAGAUGCCGCGACUUUUUGCAAGAGUGCUACGGAUCGUCUCUCGGAGGAGACCGAGAGAUGUGUGGACACUCUUUCGUCGCUUACGGAGGCGAAGAUAAAGGAUGUCCUGGAUAAUGAGCUGAUCAAGAACAACAUCGCCGAGGUUGUCAAGCUCGAGGGCACUGGUGCCAAAAGCAUGCUCGACAAUGACCGGCUAGACAACCUACGAAGUCUCUACGUGCUCAGCGCGCGGGUCGAUAGUAAAAAGACACCGCUGACUACUGCUGUUCAAAGGCGGAUCGUCGAGAUGGGUAGAGAAGUCAACGACUCGGCGAUUGCGUCCUCAGCGCCCAGCUCGGCGGGCAAGAAACCGUCUGAGGCCGGUGCAAAGAAGCCAAGUGAGAAGCCGGUGAACCAGCAGACGGUGGCUGCGAUCAAGUGGGUGGACGACAUCCUCAGGCUUAAGCAGAAGUUCGAUAAUAUCUGGCAGAAUGCCUUCCAGAGCGAUCAGGUCAUGCAAAGCGCUAUAGCGAGCAGCUUCUCGGAGUUCAUCAACUUGUCUCAGGGUGGCGCUGACCCGCGCAGUUCGGAGUACCUUUCUCUCUUCUUCGAUGAGAACUUAAAGAAAGGCAUCAAGGGCAAGACGGAUAGCGAGGUUGACACAUUGCUGGACAACGGCAUCACUCUCCUGCGGUACAUCAAAGAUAAGGACAUGUUUGAAGCGUACUACAAGAAACAUCUCUCGCGUCGUUUGUUGAUGAAGCGCUCCGUGAGUAUGGAUGCGGAACGACAAAUGAUCUCCAAAAUGAAGAUGGAAGUUGGCAAUCAGUUCACACAGCGCCUGGAGGCCAUGUUCAAGGACAUGACCAUCUCCGAGGAUCUGACUUCGAGCUACAAAGAACACGUUCGACAAUCAAGUGACCCCGAUCAGAAGAAAGUGGAGUUGGAUGUCAAUGUGCUCACCAGUACGAUGUGGCCUAUGGAGGUCAUGUCUAACGCGAGAAACGAAGACGUCCAGCUUUCCUGCAUCUUCCCCAAGGAGGUUGAGAGCGUCAAGCAGAGCUUUGAACAGUUCUACCUUGGCAAGCACAACGGUCGCAAGCUGUCGUGGCAAGCCAGUAUGGGCACCGCCGAUGUUCGCGCGACGUUCCAACGAUCCAAUGGCAAGACUCAGCGCCACGAACUGAACGUUUCUACUUACGCUAUGAUUAUCUUACUACUAUUCAACGAUGUUCCCGCGGACGAGUCUCUCACCUACACCGAGAUCCAGGCCCAGACGCGUAUUCCGGACCACGAUCUGAUCCGCAACUUGCAGUCACUUGCCGUGGCGCCCAAGACACGAGUUCUGAAGAAAGAUCCCAUGAGCAAGGACGUCAAGCCCACGGACAAGUUCUUUUUCAACCAUGAAUUCCAAAGCCCGUUCAUGAAAGUCCGCAUUGGCGUGGUCAGCGGCAGCGCCAACAAGGUCGAGAACCAGGACCAGCGUAAGGAAACAGAGAAGAAGAUGAGCGAAGAGCGCGGUGCCAGCAUCGAGGCAGCCAUUGUCCGGAUCAUGAAACAACGAAAAACCCUAGUCCAUUCCCAACUGAUGACAGAAGUGCUAACUCAACUGUCCGCACGGUUCGUCCCAGACGUUAACAUGAUCAAAAAGCGUAUCGAGAGUUUGAUCGAUCGCGAGUAUCUGGAGCGGGUGGAAGAGGAUCCACCCACGUACGGAUACGUCGCGUAGUCGUGCCCGACUCUGCUGGCCUGCUUUUCUUUCUUCGCAUCAUCGGUUUCUUUUGUCUCUUUUAUCUGUCUGUUUUAAUCUCACACGUGAGAGCAUGAUCUUGGACUUAGCGGCGACGGCGCACGGUGGAUAUGAAUAUCGUUUAGCCCAUAGAUCUUUCUUGUCAUGUCAUGACUAUUCAUUAGCUAUUAUCUUUUGGCGGAAGUUCUUGCAUGGAUGGAUGCCUUGAUGGGUUACGAAUUGGGGAGUAGUCUGCAUUGACGAGUGAGUGAUGGUAUUAAUAUAUGAUCAAAUUGGC